AUGUACUACAUUCUCUACCUAGCGAGCCUCUGCCGCCGUCGCCGUUGGCCGGAACCCCUUUACGAGCCGUACGGCGGAGCCGCGGGGUAUACCUGUGUAGUCCGCGUCAACAAUCGUGAAUACCAAACCGACACUGUUUGCGAAACCGAAAUGCUUGCGCGAGAGAAUGCAGCGAUGCGCGCCUACCUGAUUUGCCGGAAUUUCUCUGUCAACGAUGGAAUGUAUCCCGCUGGUCACGAUCAUGGGGGAAUAGUACAAGGGAUUCCGGUUGCCAUUGGUACUGGUCGAGGAAGCCGCUGUAGCGAUGCGGACUCGUCAACAAGCGAGGGUAGUCGGAGCGGGGGAAGCAGCCCGCAAAGUUGUGAAGGGAAUCGGAUUGGUGCAGCUCGUCAGAGCUCUGUACCAACCAGAGCACUGCAAUUUAAACCCCGGGGACUCUGA